AUGGAGAACCUUCACUUGAGGGUCAUAGCUGUGGUGCUUUGCUUUCACCUUCCUGGAUCAGUGGGAACCAAGUCAUGGCAGAUUCUUGACACACAUCAUGGCUCAGACUGCUGGUGGGAUGGGAAACUCUUGCUGAACUGUUCUCUUACUGGAGUAUCUGCUCUUCCAGAAGACAUACCACAAACAGCAGUAACAGCUGACUUCAGUUACAAUAACAUCAAAACUUUCCUGUGCCCUGAUGGAAGAGAUGAGGAAUGGAUGCUAAAGCACCUGAAUCUCAGUAACAACCUGCUUUCUGAACUCACCUUAACUGCUUGUAGAAGCUUACCUGGUUUAGAAACUCUAAACCUCAAUGGUAAUGCCAUCCACACCCUCACAUUGGAUAUACCCACACCUGCACAUGGCUCUAACAGGGGUGGAAAGGUUGGUUAUCUUCUGCCUGCCUUGAAAGUAUUGUCAGUGGAAGGAAAUAAGCUUAACAGAGUUCCAAGAGGACUAGGCCUGCUGCAGUCUUUACAAACUGUCCAUCUGACAGCCAAUGGCAUCGAGCAGAUUGAGCUGAAUGAUUUCCAGAACUGCUCACAGCUGAAGGACAUCAACUUGAGAAAGAACAACAUCGCUGAAAUUCAUCCAGAUGCCUUCAGGGACCUCCACAAAUUACAGGUGGUGGAUCUCCGUGACAACGCUCUGACCACUCCUCUGCCACAGAUAUUCCUCACUUUGAACUUCUUUCAACUUGAAGUGGAUUUGUCAGGCAAGGCCUGGAUAUUUAACUGUAAACUAAAUGCUUUCAAGCAGUUAUUUGAUUUUCUUUUGGACUCCACAAGGCAAAAAAUGAGCAUUUCAUACAACAAAUCUGCCACCAACUCACAGAAACCUCUGCUGUGCCUUUCAAGCUUCCAGUGCAACCACAAGGAGGAUAUUUUGCUCAAGAGGGCUGCAAUCCCCACAGGGAAGACAUCAGUGCUCAACUGUGCCUUGGACAACACAAGGGGAAACAGAGUCUCUUGGUGGACACCUAAAGGCAGAAUUUCCAAAGAUAACCAUCUUCCACAUAUGACACUGGAUAAAAUGAGUCAUUUAGUGAUACACAAGGCUGAGAAGGCUGCUGAAGGGUUGUAUUUGUGUGCUGUUCAUACAAGGAAGAAGCAGCAUCUCAUCUACAGCGUGGAGGUGAAAGAAAGGCUCUCACCACUCCUGGUUCGAGCAGCCCGGGACACCGACGCUGCCUUCAGACGAGGAAGCACGGAGCAGGACCUGGCUCUGGCUGUCUGCCUCUCUGUGUUCAUCACCUUUAUUUGUGCUUUUUGCCUGGGUGCUUUUGCCAGGCCCUACCUGGAAAACCUGUGGAGAUUGCUAUGCAGGAACAAAAGCUCAGGUUCAGAACACACAUAUACUAAUCAAGCUUUUUCGGAUGAGACCUGGAGCAGAGCAUGCUCUGCGAGCAACCCAACAAACGCACAGCACAAUCUGUUCAUUCCUGAGGAGAGGCCCUCAAGGAACACACAAACUUCUGCUCUGUAUGAAAAUGUCACUGGCGGCAGUGUGCAUGCCCCAAAUAGUGCAGAGCAGUACCAGAAACAAAGCAAUAAUAGGAUCAUCAGUGUGAAGGAGGAACCAGUGUUUGCAGACCUCACAACCAGCAUCAGCAGCAAUGGAAAUGCAGAUGUUGAUGAGAAUGGGCUGCUCUCUGUCAGGACAGGUUACCAGAACAUCCCUGAAGUGACACCAAGAAAAUUAACAAAUAAAGACACUUCAUGGAAUGACUCAAACUGUGCAAACAGUGAAGACUCAGAAAGGAGCAGGUUCCCUCCCCUAGCCAGAAGGUUGAACGCUGACUCAAAUCACACUGACUCUUCAGAUUCACAUUCAUCCUUCCUGGGAGGAACUGGCUUUCCAUCUUCCACAACACAAGCCCCAGAUUCCAGGAAGAGCAAGGCAUGCCCCAGCUCUGGUCUGCUGCAGCCUGGUAUCACAAAGGCUACACCAAACCUGGGGAAUUUAAGUGUGAACCAAACAGCAGAAAGCUCUCCUCUGACAGAGUCCAACUGUAAAAUGGAGAGUACAGAUAAGAAAGCUGCUUCAGCAGCUAUCUUGGCUGACAGCUCUUCAGAUGAGGGGACUCCGUUCACCAUGAGUGACUGCAGUUCCUUAUCAGACUUUGAACUGGACCACCAUGAUGUUAGUGAUAACCUGCCAGCCUGUCAGUUGUCACCAGGGGAAGCCAAUACAAAGAGUGGCACUGAGAAGUUCCCAACACUGCCAGAGCCUGCAAAGGUUGCUGCUGAACUUCAGCAUGCUGGUGAAAAUGAAGAUGAGAACAAUGCCUGGUUUGAAACCACUACUGAUUAUGGAUCUGGGACCACCAUGCCUGAAACAGCAUCACCUCACGCUGAUAAAUGUGAUGGCCACCUAAGCAUGGCAGGUUCAGACACAGUUAGCUCCACUCAAGUUCCUGAUGAUGACUUUCCUAAUGCAGACUCCACAACACAAAACUCUGAUUCUUUCUACAAUCCAAGCACAGAUUUCAUUAAUUUGUUACUUUCAUUAAAACAUUACCCUGCAUGUGAGACAGAUGCAGAGAAUACUCCUCAAGAGGCUGAAUCACAGCCCCAUCAGUUUCCCAUUGAACCUCAGCACUCCCUCAGCUACAGUCCCACAGAACGAACAGAAAAUGCAUCAGAGGGAGGUACAGACAAGCACAUAGCUAAGAACUCCUCUGAAAAGAAUCAUGGUGGAGGGGAUAUUAGAUUGGGAAGGCAGGCAAGUGUGUCAGAGGACAGUGGUUUGAUAUUUUCUCCCAUUGAUACUGGUUUGAAUGAGUGUGUUAAGAAAACACCACUGCUGCACUCCAGCAGUGAGACACCUCAUCAGCCUCUGCCUGAACACACAGCUGAAACCCACCUCACAGUGACUACAGAGAAAGAUGACUUUCUGCCACAGGGGAAGCAGGUGAGCACAGCUGAAGCUUGUGCAGAUAGAAUGGAAGAUUUUCAGGAGAAAGCCUGGGAUGGAUGCACAGAGUUAGAAGAUGCCAGCAGCUGUGGGCUGCCCCAGGAAACUCAGCCUUGCAUCCUCACAGCAGAUUUGCUCCAUCUUGGCUCUUUGAUGAAAACACAGUCAGGCUGCCACACACAAGAUCAUUUCCAACAGGAUCAGAGUGAUGAGGAUGAGAUUUCCUUCUCAGUCCCACAAGCCUUCUUCAACAGAAGCACACAGUACAGCUCAUGGCCAUUGCCACAGAAGACUACAGGAGAGAGCACCUCUGAAGGCCCUGACUCCAGCAAGCUGGGGGAUGACACUGUUUGGACAGGGCUGAAGAAGAGUUCCACAGCAACUGUCAACCUCCAGUAUCCAAGUGAAAAACUCACUCAGAGUCAGCCUGAUAUAGGACAGGGACAGUUCUUUUUUAAGAAGAAAAGAGCAUUUGAUGGAUUUGCCAACGUUCUGCAAAGCAGGAGAACAAACUUCAAUAGCUGGGACUCCAAUGUGUGAAGUCUCACA